GAAGGGUUUUUUUGUUCCAGUUACAGUCGUUACAGAAUUCAAGCUCCCGCAACACCAGUCAUCAAUGGCGGAAUCGUUAUCCAGAGUGCUCAGGGACGGAGGCUUAGAAGGAGAGCACGCUCCAGCUCUCACCAUCAAGGACACCAUUGCUUCCCCCUUCGGCCUCGAUGUCUUCGGUCACGUACUUAUCCAACUCUCUCCUACUUUGGAAGGGAAAGCCCAGUCGCGAGGUAUCGUGCUUGUUGCUUUUUCUCGGAGUCCCUCGUUCUAUGUUGACUUGCUAAAGACGAAAGGAGUUGAUGCUACUUCCUCUACUAAAUGGAUUCAUAUCUUGGAUUGCUAUACUGAUCCACUUGGUUGGAAGGAUCAAUUUGUGGAUGGAGGAAAUACCACCGAUGUCUUACGUGAACCCGAACUACCAGUCAAUUUUUGUAAGGAUGUGAGAAAUAUGGAUAAGGUGUUCUCUUUGAUUAUUGAAUUAGGAAGAGGGCUUGUUACACAGGGAAAAGGUCGUUUCUCUGUUGCCAUAGAUUCGAUAAAUGAAAUGUUGAGACAUGCAUCUGUGUCAACAGUUGCAGGCCUUUUGGUCAACCUCCGAAGCAAUGAAAAUGUUUCCAGUAUCUUUUGGUUGUUAAAUGCGGAUCUUCAUGAAGCAAGGGUCAUAGCUGCUCUUGAAUAUUUGUCGUCUAUGACGGCCAGCUUAGAACCGUUGGGUCGUUCUACAUAUGGACAGACUGAUGAUCUGGAAAAUGUGUCUUUAAUUCAACACAAUUUUGGGAAAGGAAAGUUUAAUGUCCGAUUCAAGCGUAGAAAUGGACGUGUUAAAGUGAUGGUGCUUCCU